UUUUUGUCUGAUGCUUCUUGCGUUUAUUGCAUGUGGGUCUCUUUAGAGUGCUGUUUUUCGAUGUAAAAUAUUUUAGUUUUGUCCUUUUUAGUCUCUUCUGCUGAAGGGCCUCUCUCUCUCUAAAAUCUCUUGCUCUGGCUGGCAUUUUUUAUUUUUUCUGGGGAUAAAGAUUGAAACUUUUUCCUUUCUUGGGAAGUGUGAUACAUCUCUAUUGUUUCUUGCUGGGAUUUGGCUGCAGCGUCUUGUUUUCAGACCUCAGAUAACAUUUCAGAAUUUUAUACUAUUAAGGUUUCGGAUUUUAAAAAUGGUGACAUAAAUGAAUUGAUGCUCUUGAGUUUUUUUUCAUGUUUGUGGAUUUCCUUGAUUCUCAACUUCUUUGAGGAUUCUUGUAAUCUCCGUUUUGAAAAGGUUGAAUCUUGAUUCAGAAUUCUAUCCCCUUGUAAGAAAUUUGAAAAUAUCAGCCUACCUUGUCUGGUGAAAAGAGAGUAUGUCUGGUUUCAUAGCAUUAAUAUGCAGUUGCUUUUUCAAUUGAGCAAAGAUGUGUUAUGAUAUGUGGGAUUCUCAUUGGUUGGUUGCAUCUCCCUGAAAGGCUAUAGCAAACCUUGUUUUCUCCAAAUUGAUAUGUGGGAUUUGUUUGUUCUGCACAUGAUUGUACUAUUUUUGAUAUGAACAAGAAACUAUGAGAAUCUUGCUUUUCUUGUUCUUCACUUAAUGUUCAAAGGAAGUUAGACGUCUAAAUGGAGCGUUAUCUCCGAGGACCAGCAAGGACUUCGUGCCAAAACCUUAAAUCCUUGACCUCCACGCUUGACGAGCCCAACGCCAAUCCAUCCGCCGGCUUUGAGUGCAACAUCUGCCUAGAGCUCGUGCAGGACCCCGUGGUCACAUUGUGUGGCCAUCUCUAUUGCUGGCCGUGCAUAUACCGGUGGAUCAAAUCCCAACAAGCCUCCCCCGAGAAUCCCGACCACCAAAGCCCCCAGUGCCCGGUUUGCAAGAGCAAGGUCUCGGAAAAGACCUUGAUACCCCUCUACGGCCGUGGCCAGAGCACGGACGCCUCCAAGGACGAGCCAUCCCGUCUCAUACCGCAAAGGCCUCCGAGCCCCCGAUGCCUGACCAACCUCAUCAUUCCCAACGCAACAAGCAACUACACGCCAUACCCGUUCGAGCAACUCCACCGUAGAGGCUACAACGCCCCUCCAUCCCCUAGACGAGAUUACGGAAGCUACCCCGCGUCCCCGGUCCUCGGACAUGGAAGCAGCGCUCCACACUUGGCCGACCCCAUGAUCGGGGUGUUCGGGGAGAUGGUGUAUUCGAGAAUCUUCGGGAACUCGGAGACGACAUUGUAUACGUAUCCAAAUUCUUACUAUACAGCCGGUAGCAGCUCGCCUAGGCUGCGAUGGCAUAUGGUGCAAACUGAUAAAUCAUUGAGCAGAGUAUGUUUCUUCUUUUUUUGUUGUAUGAUGCUAUGUUUGCUCCUAUUUUGAGCUAAAUGUAUUUUCAAUGUUAUGAUUUGUACAUAUUAUAGUUUAUAUAUAUGAGCAUUAUAUACAAACGCUAGUGUUCUCAA